AUGAAAAGGUUUGCUCUCGUCAGGAACAUCAGACUUGGUAUUGUUUCCUUCCGACGGGCUUCCGUUGUAUAUAUUUGUGGGAUUAACAAUGUUAGUAAGAUUGUUCUAUCUAAUGCCGGUGCAGCAUUUGCUGGAAUGAUAAUUGGAAGGCGUGAAAGAUCAAAGGAGUACAUCAACACUAAUGAAAAGUUUACAGUUGGUAUAACGAUGUAUGGGGUUACAACUCCUUGUGUUAAUGCUGUAACAGAAAGAUUAGCUAAAGAAGGAUAUGAAACUUCGGUUUUCCACGCCACUGGUGUCGGAGGCAGCGCAAUGGAGGAACUCGUUAGAGGAGGUCUUAUACAGGGUGUGUUGGAUAUUACGACAACUGAGGUUGCAGAUUACAUAGUUGGAGGGAUUAUGGCAAGUGAUUUUUCCCAAUUUGAUGCAAUAUUAGAGAAGAAGAUUCCUUUGGUUCUGAGUGCGGGAGCAUUGGAUAUGGUCACUUUUGGUCCUAAAAAUACCAUAUCUCCUGACUUUAAGCAAAGGAAGAUUCAUUAA